AUGUGUUUCAGCAAUGAACCAUGGUCUCUUGUUCGCAUCCAGUUCCAAGUUCAACAUGCGGUGGAAGCAAUUGAAAAUGCACUGCAUUCUGAAGUAAUCACCACGCCUGGUCGCACGGUACGCUGGAAUGAAAACAAUUUUAACAGUUUUGUGCUUAAUGUUGACGGUAGCUGCUUGGGAACUCCUAUUAGAGCGGGUUUUGGUGGAAUCAUAAGAAAUUAUGCAAGUUUAUUUCUUAAAGGUUUCUCUGGAUAUAUUACAGCAAGUUCUGACAUAUUGUUUGCCGAGCUUACAGCAAUACACCGUGGUAUUCUGCUGGCCAUUGAUUUAGGUAUUGAAGAAAUGGUUUGUUACUCGGACUCCAUGAUCUCCAUUCAGCUCCUCACUAUGCAUGCCAUCACUUACCAUGCCUAUGCUGUGUUGCUUCAAGACAUCAAAGAUCUCUUGUCCUCAAGGAAUUUCACCGUUCAUCAUUGCCUAAGAGAAGGAAACCAGUGUGCUGAUUUUUUAGCUAAACUCGGUGCCACUUCGAAUGAAGAAUUUUCAACUUAUGAUACUUCUCCAAGCGACCUUCUUCCUCUGAUCAAGAACGACGCCUUAGGAGUUCUUUAUCCUAGAGCUUAG